AUGGAGAUGACUGAUUCAGAUACAAGAUCUAAAACACCAGACCUCGAUAUUGAGGUCAGAAAGAUUUCAGAAGAGGAGGGUGUUCAAAAUGAAGACUCCUAUGACGAUAUUAAGGAUGAAAACUUUGAUUUGUUUAAAGAAGGCGGGCUUAAUGAUGAAAUUGACCAGAAGGAAUCUACACGUGUUGCCAGGAAGUUUGACUACCAUAUGAUGUGGAUUUUAUGUACCCUUUAUGGUAUUAAUUAUGUCGAUAAGGCUGCAUUAGGUUGGGCAGUCCUUCUUAACUUUAAAGAAGACUUGAAUCUAGUUGGUGAUGAUUAUAGUUGGGUUUCUGCGAUUUUCUAUUUUGGUUACUUGGGUGCGCAAUAUCCUGCUUCGUACUUGUUACAACGGUUCCCUGUCGGUAAAGUUAUUUCCAUCUCUACUCUCCUAUGGGGUGUCAUCAUGUUUGGUCAUAUUGGCUGUACAAACUACGCCGGUAUUCUUGUUUGCAGAUUCUUGCUAGGUGUUUUUGAGGCCCCUAUCUCUGGUGGCUUUGUUUUGUUCACAUCUUUAUUCUAUACAAGAAAAGAACAGGUCACCAGAACCAUGUUCUGGGGUUCCAUGCAAGGUAUUUUCUAUGUUAUCUUCAGUUUCAUUUCCUAUGGUUUGGGUUUUGCUCAUAACUCUCACCUAAGUGAAUGGCAGAUGGUCUAUCUUGUUUUGGGUCUCUGCUCUAUCACUGUUGCUUGCAUUUGGCUAGUAAUGAUUCCUGACUCUCCAAAAAAUGCACGUUUCUUGAACAAGGAGGAAAAAAUCAUUGCUAUCAAGAGAGUUUCCCAGAAUAUGAUGGGUACUAAGACCAGCGACUGGAAGUAUAGUCAAAUGUGGGAAUGUACCCUCGAUCCGAAGACCUGGUUCUUGGUUGCCUUUAUUGUAUUGUCUAUGAUUCCAAAUGGAGGAUUGACAAACUUUGGUACUUUGGUCUUAAGUGAUAUUGUUCACAACAGAGUGCAGUCUAUUGCUAUCUCGGUUGGCAGUUCCUUUUUCUCUUCUGGUCAGAUGCUUAUCUACUCCUAUUUUGCCUCAAGGCACAACAAUCUCAGAACAAUCGGUAUGUCAUGUCCUUUAUUAUUGGCAAUUGCUGGUCUUUCUGCCGUCUACGCUACCGAGGAUCAUGGUGCCAAAUGGGGACGUGUGUUUGCUUACUGGAUGAUUAAUUCCUAUGCCGUCGUCUGGCCGUUCACUUUAUCUAUCAUCGGAUCCAAUUAUGCUGGUCAUACCAAACGUGCUACUAUGAGUAUGUACUUGCUUAUUUUCUUCUCCGUCGGUAACAUUAUUGGUCCAUUCUGUUUUAUUUCCGCCGAUGCUCCGAAGUACACCAAAGCUUUGGCCACAAAUUUAGGCUGCUUCUGUGCAUGUUUCGCUAUUGCGGUUUGCUUCAGAUUAUAUCUUGUCUGGGAGAAUAAGAAAAGAGAUGCCAAGUACGGUGUUGUUCAACUUGAGGAUGUCAAAAAUGAAGAAAGACAUGAGGGUGUUCUUAAUGGUAUGAAAGAUCUUACAGAUAUCCAGAAUAAGGACUUCCGUUACGUCUUGUGA